UAAGUAUCUGACAUAAGGCUAAGUUCAUUCGCUGGUGUAGUUUGUUUUAUUUAAGCUCGCCGACCCGAGCCCAGUUCCCUUUUUAUUAAGUUUUUGCUAAUGGCACCCGAACAUCCUGUUUGUGACUUUCACUGUAAAAGUCCGCCGCUUUUGUCCCACCUGGACUCACCUGAGCCCCGCAGGAUGAGUCGCGAACUGGACGGCCUUGACGACGGCCAAGGCCGCCUUGACGACGGUCGCCUUGACGACGCCUUGUCCCGCAUCGCCAUGGAGACGCAGGAGAUCAAAGAGCUGGAGAAGCAGUUGACCGAGGGUCAGCUUCUGGCCAACGAGGUUCUCCAGAGGGACUUGGAGGGACUCCUGGGCGGACUUCAGGAUUACCUGCGAGAACUCACAGCAGAGGCCAGUGGCGUGCGGCGCCGCCUGGAGGACACGCAGAGACACUGCAGGCGGCUGGAGGACUCGUCCUGCUCGCACGCCAGGAACAUGGCGGCGCAGCGGGAGGAGCUGGCGGCGCUGAGGACGGAGGCCCGGGUUCUGAGAGAGCAGCAGGUGGCGAUGGAGGCGGAGCUUCUUCGGCUGAGCGAGGAGCUCACCCAGCAGACCAGAACCGGCACAGAAUCCCCCCAACCAACUCCCUACCUAGACCAGGACCAAGCAGCCGGACCUCAGGCCCAGGUGGACCGGGAGCAUGAAGCUCAGGUUGCCCAAUGCCAGAACCGCAUAGACCAGCUGGAAGCCCAGUCCAGCAGAGACCGGAACCACAUAGCCCAACUGGAAGCUAAGUCCAGCAGAGACCGGAACCACAUAGCCCAACUGGAAGCUAAGUCCAGCAGAGACCGGAACCACAUAGACCAGUUGGAAGCCCAGUCCAGCAGAGACCGGAACCACAUAGCCCAACUGGAAGCUAAGUCCAGCAGAGACCGGAACCACAUAGACCAGCUGGAAGCCCAGUCCAGCAGAGACCGGAACCACAUAGACCAGCAGGAAGCCCAGUCCGGCAGAGACCCCAAACAAGAAGACCAAAGAGAGUCCACGUGCGCGAGGAAAGACCGACACACACGCCCUGAGAGGAAGCCGACAACACACCUGGACCGGACCGGAACCAGAAGCUCAGCUGCAGCAGAUUGGAGGCGGGGCUGGAGAACAGGAAGUGAUGUUGGCAGGACCUCCAGAGGGGAGGAGCCAACUUGGCUGCUUCCUCCUGCGAGAUGUCCACUAGGGGGCGCUGGCACGCUGCAGGAGAAGAAGAAACUACAACACACACACAGACUGAGAAGGAGUGUGUCGCUGCUGUGUGAAGAAGUGGAGUGUGUGGAGAAGACUCUCAACAAGAGACGAGCUGAACUUCGGGAGGCUGACAGGCGUUUGCUCACAGCGCACACACAACUACACAAGGCAGCAUCAGCCGUGCAUCAAAGCCACACUUCAGACAACAGCGCCCCCUUCCUGCACCUCAGGCUCACCAGGCUGCAGCAGCAACAGCUGAGGAGUGUGGAGGCGGAGCUAAGGGACAGAGAGGCGGAGUCCCGGGAGCUCUGCACAACCAUACACAUGGCGGAAGACAGGUUAGCUGUGCUUGUGUCAGACUGUCAGGAUGCGCGUGCAUGUUUGGACUGGACCCUCACUCAGGUGGAGCAAAAGAGGGCGGAGCUUCAGAGUACACUCAGCCAGCUGGAGGCGGUCCAGAAUGAGCAGCAGCGACUGACAGACUGGGUCAAGCAGGGGGCGCUAACAACGUACUCAGCCAUGUCUGCUGUGGAGGAAGAGGAGGAGCGACUCUUCAUCCUGCAGUCCCAAGUCCACAAACAUCAAGAAGAGCUGAAAGGUGCCAAAUGGAGACAAAUGGCACGAAAGCUUCCAAAGAAGGACGGCGAGCUGGACAGGGAGGGGGAGGAGCUAAGUGCAGUGCGGAAUACGAUGAGGUCGCAGCAAAAAGUGUCCAGGAAACAUUGACUUCCUGUUUGUGCAUGUGGGAUGUUGACUAUGAAAGUGGGAUGUUGACUAUGAAAGUGGGGUGUUGACUAUGAAAGUGGGGUGUUGACUAUGAAAGUGGGAUAUUGACUAUGAAAGUGGGAUGUUGACUAUGAAAGUGGGGUGUCGACUAUGAAAGUGGGGUGUUGACUAUGAA